AUGGCAGCAAGUAAACUGGCGCAAAUUUUAUUUCUUGAAGAAUUUAUGGAAAGUUUGAGUAGUUCUAGCGAGAGUCCCGAUUCGUCAGAUGACGAGGAGAUUGUAAUGUUAAUGGCUAUACUCAGAAGGGAUAUUCCAAAAGUUAUUACCUUCUGUGAGAUUGUAAAUCGCUUCGACAAAUUGGAAUUUCGUCGACAUUUCCGGAUUGAAAGGGAAUCCUACAAUGAACUAUGCAGAAGGCUGGAACCUCACUUGUCAGCAUGGCACGUACAGGCAGGUGAAGGUGGCAGGGGCCGCAGGCAACGUCUUUCAACAGAGAAGAAAGUUCUGAUUGGAUUAUGGUAUUUUGCCAAUAAGGAAACUAUUAGAUCACUGGCUAUAAAACUUGGUGUGGCAAAUUUGAAAGUGCACGACAUUAUCCAGGAGUUUGUUGCCAGUGUGAUGAUCAUCAAAGAUGAAGUAAUACAUUGGCCCUCACAAGAUGAUAUGAAUGAGGCGGAUGAGGCAUUCCGUGCAUUUAGAGGCAUACCAGGUAUAAUAGGUGCCACAGAUGGGACUCAUACCCCAAUUCCAAAACCCUCUGGGACAGGGGCAGAUUACAUCAAUAGAAAGGGAUUUUUCCAUGUGACAAGUUCAUUCUUGGCAAUGCAGCAUAUCCCCUAUCUGAGAAGCUUAUCACACCUUAUAGGGACACUGGCCAUUUGACAAGAGCCCAGGAGAAGUUUAAUUACCAUCACAGUGCCUCAAGAAUGGUGAUUGAGCGCACCAUUGGACAUUUAAAGGAAUGUUUCAGAAAGCUACAAGCCCUUGACUGUGAUGUUUCAAGGGCAAGUGAAUACAUAAUUACUUGCUGUGUACUCCACAACAUUUGUAUAUCAAUGGGGGAGAUACUGACCGAUGAAGAGGUAUGCAUGGAUGAAGAUUUCCCCCCUUUUGCAAACCACAAUAUUCAGAAUAAUAAUGCAGCUAUCAACCUAAGAGACAGACUUGCUGCCCAGUUUGCAUGAAGUGGAGCUCUAACAUUUAAAAAAUUGAAAACGUCUAUUAUUUAACCUGUUAACAGGGUGUCCAAGUGGAAAGUACUUACUUAGUAAAA